AAGUAGUACCGCGUACAGGAAGUGGAACUGUCACUGUGCUUGUGUCCUUGCUAGCGAGCUAGUGAGUUGCCAUAAGAGGCAAGCAGAUGUGUCCCGUUCGGAAAGAUGAAUUGAACUGUGCCGGGAGAUAAAAAUCUGAAAGAGAGCAACGUUCACCUCCUGUUAGCGGCGCCAUGUUGCGUGUCGGGAGCUCAGCUGCCCGCGUGGCCUGCAGGAACCUCGUCUCAUCCAACAUGGGGGUGAGAUUCCGGCUCCCGCUGCAGAAGCUCCAUCCUCUGUCUCGUGCCAUCCACCACCGUUACUCUGGAAACGGUAACCCUCACCGGACUCCUCAUCGCACAGCGGCUCGAUACUUCACCUCCAUGUCUCGCUUGCCCAUGCGGCCGUCGAAGCCUCCCCCAAGGUCCGGCGGUCACAGGUACCAACAGCAGCGCAACUUCUGGGUGGCCAGCCUGGCAGCUCGGCUGCUGAGGCUCCGAUACAUCCUGCUGGGAACCGCCGUGGGAGGAGGCUACACCGCUAAGAAGACCUAUGAAGAGUGGAAAGACAUGCUGCCUGAUUUUAGUGAAUACAACUGGGUCAUCCCUGAUUUUGUUUGGGAACUAAGCGACCAAAUUGACCUCGACAAACUGGCCAAAGCGCUACCAGAGAUGGAGGAAAUCGCUAAACUUCUGCCUGACUUUGAGAAGAUUGGAGAGAACUUCACUUUCCUUAAAAGUCUCCUUUCCUCCGGUGUGAGUUUGGGUAGUGCAGUCAAAGGAGCGUCUGGUCUGCAGCUUUUGUUAGAAACGUCGGGCGAUCCUGCUCUAAAAGCCACAGACUCCUCGGCUGGAGCUGGACACGAUGCCAGCGACAAGCAGUACAAAAAGCAGGGUCUGCUCGGAGAACUCAUUCUUAUUCAGCAGCAGAUCCAGCGGCACGAGGAGGAGGUCCGGCGGGCCGCUGCAGCCAAUAGCGCGCGUUCGCCGCCCCAAGAUCCUUCUCCGAACCCCAACCCCUCGACUCAGACACGCAAGUCAUCGGACAAAGAAAAGAUCGACCAGCUGCAAGAGGAGCUUCUUCGGACUCAGCUGAAGUAUCAGCGCAUGCUGGAAAGACUGGAAAAGGAAAAUAAAGAGCUGAGGAAAGUGGUUUUGCAAAAAGACGAUAAGGGGAUUCAUCAAAGGAAGGUGAAGAAAUCCCUAAUUGACCUGUACUCAGAAGUCCUCGACAUCUUGUCUGACUACGAUGCCAACUACAACACCCAGGAUCACUUGCCCAGGGUGGUUGUGGUUGGAGAUCAGAGCGCUGGGAAGACCAGCGUGCUUGAGAUGAUCGCCCAGGCCCGCAUCUUCCCCAGGGGCUCGGGGGAGAUGAUGACGCGCUCUCCUGUAAAGGUAACAUUAAGCGAGGGUCCCCACCAUGUGGCCAGGUUCAAAGACAGCGGCCGAGAGUUCGACCUCACUAAGGAGGAGGAUCUGGCGGCUCUGAGGCACGAGAUUGAGCUGAGGAUGAGGAAGAGUGUGAAGGAGGGACAGACGGUCAGCUCUGAGACAAUCUCUCUGAGUGUUAAAGGACCGGGCAUUCAGAGGAUGGUUCUUGUUGACUUACCUGGUGUCAUCAGUACGGUGACCGCAGGCAUGGCGACCGACACUAAGGAAACCAUCUUCAGCAUCAGCAAGGCCUACAUGCAAAACCCAAAUGCAAUCAUUCUCUGUAUUCAAGAUGGGAGUGUGGAUGCAGAGCGCAGCAUCGUGACAGACCUGGUCAGCCAGAUGGACCCUCAGGGGAAAAGGACCAUCUUUGUUCUAACUAAAGUGGAUUUGGCUGAAAAGAACCUGGCCAGUCCAAGCAGGAUUCAGCAAAUUGUUGAAGGAAAGCUCUUUCCCAUGAAAGCUCUCGGUUAUUUUGCUGUAGUAACAGGAAAAGGGAGCACCGGCGAAAGCAUCGACGCAAUUAAAGACUACGAAGAGGACUUCUUCCAGAACUCCAGACUGCUGAGGGACGGUAUGCUGAAAGCUCACCAGGUCACCACCAAGAACCUGAGCCUGGCUGUUUCUGACUGCUUCUGGAAGAUGGUCAGGGAGUCCGUAGAGCAGCAAGCGGAUGUUUUUAAAGCAUCACGAUUCAACCUGGAGACUGAAUGGAAGAACAAUUAUCCUCGUCUGAGAGAACUGGACAGGAAUGAACUCUUUGAAAAGGCAAAGAAUGAAAUUUUGGAUGAAGUCAUCAGUUUGAGUCAAGUGACUCCCCAACUCUGGGAGUCUAUUCUGCAGAAGAAGCUCUGGGAACGUGUUUCCACACACGUCAUCGAGAACAUCUACCUGCCUGCCGCCCAGACAAUGGACUCUGGGACCUUUAACACAACUGUAGACAUUAAGCUCAAGCAGUGGACUGACAAGCAGCUUCCACACAAGGCACUGGAGGUUGCCUGGGAGACAUUGCAGGAGGAGUUUGCCCGCUUUAUGGCUGAAUACAAAGGCAAAGACCAGGACGACAUCUUUGACAAGCUGAAGGAGGCGGUGAAGGACGAGAGCAUCAAGAGGCACAAGUGGAACGAGAGAGCCAUGGACAGCCUGAGGGUGAUCCAGCACAACGCCUUAGAGGACCGCUCCAUCACAGACAAACCUCAGUGGGACGCUGCCAUCCAGUUCAUGGAGGAAACUCUGCAGUCACGCCUCAAAGACACUGAAUCAGUGAUCAGAGACAUGGUGGGCCCUGACUGGAAACAGAGGUGGAUGAACUGGAUCAACAGGACACCAGAACAGCACGUUCGCAACGAAACCAAAAACGAGCUGGAUCGCUUGCUGAAGCUGCACGAUGACCACACCGCCUACCUGGCCAACGACGAGGUCACCACCGUCAGGAAGAACCUGGAGGGACGGGGCGUAGAAGUGGACCCGGUGCUGAUCAAAGACACGUGGCAUCAGCUCUAUCGCAGACACUUCUUGCAAAAAGCCCUGACCCACUGCAACCUCUGCAAGAGAGGCUUCUAUUACUACCAGAGGCACUUUGUGGACUCUGAGCUGGAGUGCAAUGACGUGGUGUUGUUCUGGAGGAUCCAGAGGAUGCUGGUCAUCACGGCUAACACGCUCCGGCAGCAGCUCACCAACACUGAGGUGCGGCGGUUGGAGAAAAAUGUCAAAGAGGUCUUGGAUGACUUUGGGGAAGACAUGGAGAAAAAAACUCAACUCAUCACCGGCCGCAGAGUCCAGCUGGCUGAGGAUCUAAAAAAAGUCCGUGAGAUCCAGGAGAAACUUGAAGCUUUCAUAGAAGCUCUUCACAAGGAGAAGUAACGGAUCCAGCAGAAUAUUGCACUGAACAAAGCCAACACAUCUGUAAAUGACCACCAUCGCCCCCUUCUGGCUCCAUAUUCAACAGCUUCCUGAUUUUUUCUUUUUAACAUCAGUGACUCUCGGACAGCUGGACACAAGCAGAAGAAAACUACGGAGGAACCAUUCCCUGUCUUCUCCUGAAUUUCUUUGACACCAGAGGAGCACAACAACCCAAACACACCGAGAUCGAAGGAGAAUUACGAAGCAAACUUUAACUUGUUUCCCACGAUUGAGGAUUGUGUACAUUUUAUGUCCCCGGUUUGGUAUUUUGGUUUUCUUGUCUCAUCUGGUGCUCCUAGAAUAAUACCCGGUUACCUUCUAAUGUAUUGAAUAGUUGCACUUAGACUCUACAGCACUUGAUCCAAACGUAAACCCAGCUCUAGCCCACCAUCACCCUCCACGGCCCUUACAGAAAAGCAUCACCUCUCAUAGAGUUUCAUUCACUUUGUUCCCUUUCAUAGCCGACUUUAUUAAACAAACAGGUUUCAUGCAGCAUAAAGUCCAUAACAAAGCUGUCGUCUUAUUUUCUGUGUAUUCCAUACAUGCCCCGAAUGUAUCUUUAUAGAUCAGUUAUUGGAAUGCUAAAUCAAGUAAACAAAUUAUAAAAUGUCUUUUUAAAAAGUGAAAUGUUUGUCAUUAAGCUUUUAAACACAAACCCAGUUGGUACUUCUGCAGGUAGAUUUGAUUGGAUUUUUAGAGCCUGAGUCACUAUAGUUAGUUUUCUGCUUCCAGGUUUGAAGUGCUGAUCCAAUACUCCGUGGGUUUAGUUACACAUCGGUUGGGUUUUCUUCCAGAUAUAUUUAUAUAUAUAUAUAUUUUUCUUUGUUUUGUUUUCUCAAAAUUGCACCAGGCUUCUCACUUGUCAGGGAUGUUCAGUCUACGUAGAUGUAUCCAACACAGAUUUAGUUUUACUCAGAGUUCCCUCUGUGUCUGAAUGGUUUCUAAGAACACAAAAUAAUAGAAACUCUGAAUUUGUCUUCAAAGACAAGAAAAAAAGAUACUUGUCACCAUUUCUGCAAUUAAUUCAUUCCCCUUCCAGUCCCAGUUCAGGGCUCACUGUUCCCAAUCUCCAAAUUCUGCUUCUUCUUCUGCCCUCUCUCUUUGCACCUCCUUCCUUUGGGCCGUUAAGAUCCUCCACCGACGUCUUGCUCUCUUCUUUUUCCAUUUCUGCCUGAGUGAAGGGGUGAGAGUGCGUUACCAAUAUCCAUUCAUUCAGAUGUGCAUAUAGGUGUACAUAAGUAACCAAUCUGCACAGAGGAAGUGAGUCCGCAGCUGGGGAGCCACUAUCAUGUGCGGCACGAGGAUCCAGACUGAGACGUGUGUGUUUGUGCAGCAGAAGGCUAAAAAGCUGGUCCGAAAACAAGUUUUAUGUUGUAGAAAGUGACGUGUGCAUGGUGUACCCCCCCUACAGAUGUGCUUUAUUUAUUUAAUUUGUGUUUAAAUGAGAAUAAAAUUGACAUCAGUAAAUAAAGUUCAUUUUUUUUAAA